CAAAACAGCACAACACAACAGGAAGCUUCCCAAUACCUAAACACAAGAAACAAUAUGGAAAUGGGAACCUCAUCAUCAUCAUCAGGCUUGGUCAAGGCCAAAUCUGAGACACUUGCAGAAGCUCUUAAGUCUACUUCACUUGAUUUUAGCAACGAUGACGGUAGCAGCCAUGGGAACAAGCAGCAUGUGAGGGCAAAGACAUUAUCAUCGCCGAGCCACAGUGGCAGCCACAAAAACAGAAGGAACACACACAUAAGGAAGGCCAAGAGUGCACACCCUGCUCUUGACCUUGGUAGUCUCACUGGUGGUGCUGCUCUUAGCCGAGCCUCCAGUGCUUCCCUUGGACUUUCCUUCUCUUUCACUGGCUUCACCGUGCCACAUGAAGAGAUUAUUGCUUCAGAGCGAUGUAGCAAUGACGAUAUCUUGGAAGAUAUUGAAGCAGCAACUAGUACUGUGGUCAAGUUUCAGGCAGAACCAACCUUUCCGAUAUAUCUUAAGCUUAGGAGGCUCAACUACCAUUUACUGUUCAUAGAUAUCACAUACAAGGUAACGACCAAAGGAAUGACAUCUUCAUCAGAAAAGAGCAUCUUGAAUGGAAUUAGUGGUUCAGCAUAUCCAGGGGAGCUUCUAGCUCUCAUGGGACCUUCUGGAAGUGGCAAAACUACACUACUUAAUGCGCUCGGUGGCAGAUUUAAUCAGCAAAACAUCGGUGGGUUGGUUAGCUAUAAUGAUAAGCCAUAUUCUAAGCACUUGAAAACCAGGAUCGGUUUUGUGACUCAAGAUGAUGUUCUGUUUCCUCACUUAACUGUAAAAGAGACGCUGACCUACACAGCUCUUUUACGUCUUCCUAAAACUCUCACAAAGCAGGAGAAGGAACAAAGAGCUGUUAGUGUGAUUCAAGAGCUUGGAUUGGAAAGGUGCCAAGACACAAUGAUUGGAGGGUCAUUUGUACGCGGUGUCUCAGGUGGGGAGAGGAAAAGGGUUUGUAUUGGGAAUGAGAUCAUGACUAAUCCUUCACUUCUUCUCCUUGAUGAACCCACCUCUAGUUUGGACUCUACUACCGCUCUUAAGAUUGUUCAGAUGCUACAAAGUAUAGCAAAGGCGGGAAAAACUAUUGUAACAACAAUCCACCAACCGUCUAGUAGGCUCUUCCAUAGAUUUGACAAGCUGGUUGUACUCAGCAGAGGAAGCUUGCUUUACUUUGGGAAAGCAUCAGAAGCAAUGUCUUAUUUCUCUUCCAUAGGAUGUUCUCCUCUACUCGCCAUGAACCCGGCAGAGUUCUUACUGGACUUAGCUAAUGGAAACAUGAACGAUAUUUCCAUACCCUCAGCUCUUAAAGAGAAAAUGAAGAUGGGAAACUCUUGCAGCGAGAUGGGAUCUUCCAAGCCAAGUCCUACAGUUGUAUAUGAGUAUCUUGAGGAAGCUUACAAGACACAGAUUGCAGUCAUGGAAAAGAUGAAACUUAUGGCCCCAGUUCCUCUUGAUGAAGAAGUUAAAUUGAUGGUAACUUGCCCCAAACGUGAAUGGGGAUUAAGCUGGUGGGAACAGUGUUGUUUACUUUCCUUAAGAGGAAUCAAAGAACGGAGACAUGACUAUUUCAGCUGGUUAAGAGUCACUCAAGUUCUCUCCACUGCUAUCAUCUUAGGUUUACUCUGGUGGCAAUCAGACAUUCAACAUCCCAAAGGCCUACAAGAUCAGGUAGGGCUACUCUUCUUUAUUGCCGUAUUCUGGGGAUUCUUUCCGGUAUUCACGGCGAUCUUCACAUUUCCUCAAGAGAGAGCAAUGCUGAACAAGGAACGAGAGUCAAAUAUGUACAGAUUAAGUGCAUAUUUUGUGGCUAGAACCACAAGCGACCUGCCACUUGACUUGAUAUUACCUGUGAUUUUCCUAGUUGUUGUAUAUUUCAUGGCUGGAUUGAGAUUAAGAGCUGAAUCUUUUUUCCUAAGUGUGCUCACGGUCUUCCUAUGCAUUGUUGCAGCUCAGGGACUUGGAUUAGCAAUAGGGGCGAGCUUAAUGGACCUGAAGAAGGCCACAACUUUAGCAUCAGUAACUGUAAUGACUUUUAUGCUCGCUGGUGGCUACUUCGUGAAGAAAGUUCCAAAUUUUAUUGCUUGGAUACGUUUCAUGUCCUUCAACUACCACACAUACAAGCUCCUUGUGAAGGUACAGUAUGAAGAAAUCAUGCACAACGUAAACGGGGAAGAAAUUGAGAGUGGGCUUAAGGAAGUGAGCGCUCUUGUAGCUAUGAUUAUAGGCUACCGUCUCUUAGCCUACCUUUCUCUUCGAAGGAUGAAGCUCCACUCUUCAACUCAAGUUUAGAGACAAAAAUUGUCCAUUACACUUUGUAAUGUGUGCUUGUCUAUACAUAUAUCCACUUAAUUUGGAAUGUAUAAUAUGAUAACAGUACGCUCUA